UGGCUCCGAACGCGAAGGUUUGGGAGGGAAACGAAUGGCCAGUCGGUCGUUGGGGAUGGGCUGGAACCCGUUGCUGCAGGGCUCCUCCUCCCUCCGCCACUUCCUUCACUCAUUGGUGCGGCCUGGACCCUCUCGCUUGGCCUUCUCGCCGUUUACGCCCCGCCGGCACCGGAGCUUCUACUUCUCCGACUCUCCUCCGGCGAGCUCCGAGUGUAAGAAGUUUGGUUUCAGGGCUCGUCUCUCGGCCUCCGCUUCCAUGGCGUCGACGUUCAGUACCUGCGGCACAAGGAGGUCGCAGGCCGCCCCUCUCCCUCCUCCUGGCGCCGAUAGGGUUGAAUUGAUGAGGGGACUUGAAUCAGCUCUAGGCUCAUGUUUCAGUUCAGAACCUCUAGCUCCACCAACAAAUCCUUUGAUUGUGGUGAUCAGUGGGCCGAGUGGAGUAGGAAAAGAUGCUCUUAUCAAGUUUCAACAGAGACUGCAGGAAGUGCGGGAGGGAAUUCACUUUGUCAUUACAGCUACAAGCCGCCCAAAACGACCUGGUGAAGUUGAUGGAAAGGAUUACUUCUUUGUUACUAAAGAACAAUUUCUUUCAAUGGUCAACAACGAUGAGCUAUUGGAGUAUGCUCUUGUCUAUGGAGACUAUAAAGGAAUUCCUAAGCAGCAGAUUCGGAACUUCAUGGCCAAAGGAUUUGACAUUGUUUUACGAGUAGAUAUUCAAGGUGCUGCUACUCUGAGAGCCAUACUAGGGGAUUCGGCGGUCUUUGUAUUUCUAGUCCCUGAGAGUGAGACAGCUUUAGUGAAACGGCUCAUAGACAGGAAGACAGAGACCUCAGAGAUGCUCCUGGUGAGGAUAGCAACUGCUCGAGAGGAGGUAAGGCAUUUAAAGGAGUUUGACUAUGUCGUUGUUAAUGCUGAGGGAAAGCUUGAGAACGCAGUUAAAUUGGUAGAAUCUAUAAUUGAUGCUGAAAAAGCUAAAGUUCGGCAGCGAAGUGCAAAUAUUUAACAGUGAAAAUAUGCAUGUACGUCUUUUUUUUCUUAUGCUUUGGCACCAUGACCCCCUCUAUCUUCUCGUGCAAAGCGGAACAUUUAUUUUUUUUUCCCUUGUUUCGCUAUGUAUAUACUAAUAUAUCUGCAAGAAAUUUUUCUAUUUUUAGUUCA